UCAUAUAUAUUUGGAAAGUACUUUAGGAGAUUAUAUAGUGAUUACAGGUAAAGUUAACACUUUCAGAGGUUGUUUUAAUUUUAUUACAGAUGAAGAUAGCGGGGAAGACAUAGAAUAUAUUGUUAUUAAUCAAUUCCAGAAGACAUUUGGUUCUGCUAUGAUGCACAUCAAAAAUCAAAGGGUAUGUAGUAUAGCAGCAGAGGGUGUACAUUUGUGCCGGCAUGGAAAACUUUCUUGGGUACAAGUUGCAACAAAACAUCAGGUUUUCUUAUUUGAUGUUUUUAUUUUGGGAGCUCAAGUGUUCAAGAAUGGAUUACAAAUGAUACUGGAGGACCAGAAUAUUUUGAAAGUUAUCCAUGAUUGUCGCUGGCUCUCAGAUUGUCUUUUUCACCAAUAUGGAAUUGUGCUCUCCAAUGUCUUUGAUACACAGGUUGCUGAUGUAUUACGGUUCUCAAUGGAAACAGGUGGCUACCUUCCACACAGGAUCAGCACCUUACAAGAGUGUUUAAUGCGAUAUUUGAGGCUGCCUGACAAAUGUGUUUCUUUUUUGGAAAGCAAAGAGCAAGCAAUGGAGGAAGAUCCUGAGGUCUGGUUUGUGAGACCCCUUCCGCCUGUAUUGUUGAAUGUAUUGGCCCUGGAAACAGUGUAUCUCCUCCGUCUCCGUUUGCUGCUGUUUGAUGAAAUUAUGUCUGAUUUAACAACAUUAGUGGAUAGUUACUUGAAUGCAUUUCGGCAAGGAUCUGCAGAUCCCCUGGGGAGCAUCAAGAUAUCUUCUAUGGAGUUACCAGAAGAACUACGACAACUGGCAGAUCUUUAUAACUUCCGAAGAAAAACUGCAGUGCAAAAGUUCCAGCUCAAUGAGGAAGGUUUCCUUAUCAGGGGAAUGGGGGCAAUAAGAAGAAAAAAGGCAGAGAAUGAACUAUAUCCUAAAACAUACUGUCCAGGUUUUGAUAGACAGGGCAGCUGUAAAAAAGAAGAGAUAGAUAACCAUAAUAAUUAAAAGCCCAUAGUUGGCAAUGAUGACAUAGGCUCUAAAAUGGAAAGGGGACAUUUCAUGUAUACUGGCAUUGGAAGAAACUAAAACCAAGGGGAAAAUAACCACAAAGAAAGUUCAGUUUUUCUCUAGAAAAAAAUUGAGGCAGCUCUUCUUCAGCUCUGAGAAGCUUCUUGCAUAAGAAGCAAAAUAUCUUCAAAGAAAAAAAAAAAGAAAGUCCAGUUGCCUUUUGAAAAAAGCACCUUUGGGACA